AUGGCAUAUUACUUUCGUGCCCAAGAUAUUCUCGCGCACAAGCGUGAGAAAUACAGUACCUCCCUUGCACAAGCCAUGACUUUGGCUGCACUAUACACCAACCAAAUCGGAAACCUUCAAAAGAGUUGGUUGCAUAUUAGUUGUGCUUACGGCUUAUACAAGCAGCAUGGCUACUACAGAAGCGUUCCUAACGAUGUCUCGACCGUUCGAAGUCAGAACAACCCCAUCUCAGAGGAAACAAAGAGGGGAUCCUGGAUAUGUCGAGAGCUGGAACGUGGUAUCGACGCUCUUCUCAACAUCGUCUCGUCAGACCUUAUUCCCAUCUCCGGGAGCAAUAUAUUACCAGUAGAGAGCCCGGAAGAAGGUCCUGAGAUGUUUUGCGCAAAUAGGGCAUUGCUCCAGACACUACUAGAGGUGGUGCAAAAGCUUACGCCCACGGGUUUUGCUGAAAAUACGACAAUGGAUGAAGAAGACCUGAUGUACCUUACGAACGUCGCGAACAGUCAACUUGGAUAUUUGAAAAUCUGGAGAUCAGGGCUUCACUCAAGCUUAGCCUGGGAAGACAGAAAGCCCCCGUCAAUCGACCCUCUCAUGGCUUCGUUGCAAGCAGAGUUUUAUGACGGCAUAGCCAAGCUGUUGCGGCCGUACCUGGAAAUUAUACGAAAGUGCGAGCGUUUCGCUGUGACAUUGAACAAGCUAUCUGCAGGUCAGCGAGGGCUUAUCGGAGUCGUCGAGAGUUGGAUACAUGGUGCUCUCUCAAGUAUCAUCGCCUUUGACCGUAUAGGUGCGGUUUCUGACGGUGCGUACGAGGAAUAUCGAAGCACCAACAAAAUUCCAAUAGUGUUAAGUAAUCCUGUGAAGACACUCCAUGCAGAAUUUGAGAAUGUGCUUAUCCUUCACGCUGUUCAUUUCUCUGCGAUCUACCCGUUGUUAUCCGCUCAGACGGAGCUCACAGAGACGAGUCUGAAUGCACUUCGCGUCCGCACGAUCGAUCGGUUAUCCGGGUUUUGGCCAAAGUCUCCGCUCUUGACUCGGGAUCUCAAGAUAUUGGUGCGAAUCAACAUGGGAGGUCUAGAAUUGUUUGGCAUUGAAGCAUCCGACUCUAAGCUGGCUCAGCAUACGGGCUCGAUGGCUUCGUCCAAAUCCGAAGAAUUCGCGUAUGCAGGCCUCUCCCGUGGGACCAACGCGCAUGCCGUCAGCACAAAGCACUUUCGAGCAGGGGGGUUACCCUAA